CGUCAAAACGUCAAAUCACGAACGUGGCAGAGCGCAAAUUCUGGGCAUUUUUCUGCUCAAAAUAUGAUCUUUUAGUGCAUGAAACAAGUGAAAAAUGGAUGUUGUGGAGUACAUAAAGUUCUAUGCAUUCGUGGGAUCCGCCCUGUCUGUGGGAUUCCUCAUUGGGCUCUUCAUCAUCCUCAAGUACAUGACCACUCCGUAUCCCAGGAUCUUCCGGCACAAGAAUGAAAAGUACUAUGUGGACGCAAAGACGCAGAGGAAUAUUGACUUCCCUUCGAUAGAUUCAGAUGAAGUCCGGAACGGCGAUGUUGAUUUGAGUGUCAUUGUGCCGGCUUACAAUGAGGAGGAGCGCUUGGGCAAGAUGCUGGACGAGGCUCUGCUGUAUCUUCGGGAGCGACAGCGCGAGCAGCCUUCCUUCCGCUUUGAGAUCAUCGUCGUGAGCGACGGAAGCAGGGACAAAACGGUGGACGUGGCGCAGAGUUACAGCAAAGAGCACGGAACGGAUUGCAUGAGAGUCUUGGCGCUGGUCCAGAAUCGUGGCAAAGGAGGAGCAGUUCGCCUGGGGGUCCUGUCCGCCCGCGGCAAGUACAUCCUCUUCGCGGACGCUGAUGGAGCGACGCACUUCCCGGACUACGGGAAGCUGGAGGCGAGCCUGCAGAAUCUCGUGCGGAGCGGCGAAGAGAGCGCUGUGGUGAUCGGAUCUCGCGCUCAUCUCGAGCAGGAAUCCAUCGCGCAGCGCAGCGCCUUCCGCACCUUCCUCAUGUACGGCUUCCACACGCUCGUGUGGGUGUUCGGCGUGCGCGGCAUCAAGGAUACUCAGUGCGGAUUCAAGCUCUUCACCCGACAAGCGGCUUCCACUCUCUUCAGGCUGAUGCACGUGGAGCGAUGGGCUUUCGACGUGGAGAUUCUCUUCCUCGCCCAGUCGCUGGGCAUGAAGAUCGAGGAAGUGGCGGUGAAUUGGACGGAAAUUGAGGGAUCUAAGGUGACGCCGGUGUUCUCGUGGCUGCAGAUGGCCAAGGAUUUGCUCCUCAUCUGGUUCCGCUACGCCACGAACAUCUGGCGGAAGACGCCGCAGCCAAAGGAUCAUUCCGAUUAGUAUCAAUGAGCUUAGAUUGGAUCAUUUUUAGCCCAGUAAUCUUCAGAUUCCAAUCAGAAUCCAUCGAAAGUUGUAUUUAAGCGCAGAAUAGAGUGAGUUUUGUAAAUGUACGUGUAUUUGCUACAAAGUUCGAAGAAUAUUAAGCUCAAAUAUAGAUCUCUUGAUACAUGAA